AUGGUCAUCCUAAAUGUGAUCGAUGUCGUCAACGUGGUAUCGAAGACCGCUGCUUUUACCAUCCAGCGCCUCUCACCAGGCCGCGUGAAACUACCGAUGAGUCAGGCACAGGCGAAUCUCGUCCUCCCAAGAGAAAGUACGAACAGCCCGAGAGACCACUCUUCGAAUUCUGUUGUCGCCUUUGCGCCACCGUCUCCUGCGCAAGGUGACAAACUUGCAGAUGCUGUUGCUGCCGACGUUUAUCAUCCUGGAUUUCUUGGCCCUGGAUCAUACGCCGUUCUUCUUCCCCAAGAUGAGGAACCUGGCCAACUACGGGAACGUGAAGAGUCCGUCGCGUCAGAAAGAUCAGACCGCGAACUCACACAUCAGCACACACUAUCGAAAUCUAUGCGAUACCAGAUGGCAUGUGACGUGUUGAGCACUUUUCGGCAUUACAACUCGAUCAAAGAGCUUGUUCUCUGGUACAACGCAAGCAACGAAGCAGGUGUGAUACCUGCUCAGCUCCAAGUCGACGCCGUGAACGCGUUGGAAGCCGUUGUUGACAAGCAUGACCUGCGACGCAAAGCGCCCAACUCCCAGCUUAUAAGCCAAGUGCUCGAGACAACAGCUCGCCCUUUUACGAUAUCACAGUCGCUCGAAGCUGGAGACUUUCACACAUUAUGUUCAGGUGAAAAUCUCCGGUUUGAGUUGAUUGGCUUUCUAUUAGCGACAGCUGGGAGGUCGCUUACAUUCGGCUUCGUUCCUGAUAUUUUCAAUGAUCCUAAUAACAAAGACAUGAAGUCGCGCUUCGCCGAUGAGCUUCUGCGCGCCAGUACAACCUGUCUUUUUCUUACGACGAUGCUUGCGACUGUCAACGAUUUGACAGUGUGGAUGUACUAUGAAAAUUAUUUAUUCACCAUCAUGAUGUGUGGGUAUGCUGGUCCACCUGGAUGGCGACGUAUCGGCGAACUAUCGACGCAGAUAUAUGCAUUGGGUAUCCACCAGGAAAAGAAAUGCGAUCAUGCACCGGAAUGGCUGGCGGAAACACGUCGCAGAGUCUUCUGUUCGUCCUACAACCAGGACAAAUCAAUAUCCACUUUUCUCGGUCGGCCGAUUCGUAUAAGCAAGAGGCAUACUGACAUCAAACUCCCCCUCGACCUAGCUGAUAGCGAAGUGACCGGUGAUCAGACGAGGCUAAAUUCGGCUAUAGCAGCGUUAGAUACGGACGGCUGGAAUACCAAAGGAAGGUGGUUGAGGGCAUCCUGGAUCCGCCUACGUCACAUAUCCCUACGGUUUCGUGAAGAAAUUCUGGAGUUCUCGCUCGUCAAAAUCGACGCGAGCGCUGAAGCCCAACUAUUAGACAUAUCCGAGCGUAUACGCGCUUCCUGGGAAAUGCUCCCAAAGCAUAUGCGCUAUUGGAAGACGUGCUGGGAAGAAGAAAUACCCUCGGUAGUCUGUCUAAUGUUGUGCAUUGUUCACCUGACACACUGGUACAACGAGUUCAUGAUCCAGAAGCUCCUCGACUACAGCCCUUUGACGCUCAACGCGGCUCUGUUGCGCGUUUCGGUUGAUCUCCUCUCUAACACGCUGACUCUCGGUACGAUACGUGACAGGUCAUACGACGUUCACCGCGACAUGCUGAAUGCCUUGUUGCUGUUCGGCGUACCUGCGGCUUCGGUCCUAGCUAAUGCAUUGCGCGAGCAACAUCGAACAGGCCAGCAGUUCCCCGCCGAGAUUUCUCGCGCAGAAAUCAUUCGUAUGCUGAGUGUACUUAUCUCACACCUCGACGCUGCCGCACAUAUGGAGAAUUCCGGAGCGAGACAUGGCGAGGCAAAUUACAACCUUUGUCGCAAAGCGAGCAAAAUCUUCACGAAGGUCAUAGAUACAGUGUUGGAUUCCAAGUUCGUGGAAGAGAUCACGCCAGCGAGUGAUCAGCAGACUUUGGACUUGGACCUUGAUCUCUUCUCUGGCCCUGGGCUGGAUGGCUUCGAGGGUAUGGAGUUUCCAGGCCUGGGAAUGGGACUUGGUACCAGCGGAAUUGGAAACUUGACUGAUGCUGCGGUUGACUGGGGUGCACUUGGCCAAUGGAAUGCUUUCGGUGGACCUGUAUAG